AUGAAGCAACUUUUUUACGGGGCUCAACAACACCAACAACCUCCUCAAAUUGGGGCAUCAAAUAAUUUAAAAGACGCCCAACAACGUGCUGUUAUGUUUGCUGCAUUACAACAACAACAACAAAGGAAUAACAACAAUUUGCAACAGCAACAACAACAAUCUUCUAUGUUAGCUGCUGAAAUGGAAGCAAUUUGUAAUAUGUUUCAACAACCACAAAAUAAUAAUUCUGCUUCAAUUAACAUUCAACCGCAACAAUUACAAGAAAUGUUGGCUGUGCUAGCUGCUGGCGGGGCGGGACUUUCUCAACAAGAUCAGAGGGUGUUGGAAGAGCAAAUUCGACUUAUCAUUCAAAACCAGCAACAAGCUCAGCAACAGCAGCAACAAAAACAACUGGCUGCCGCCGCUGCUGCUGCAGCAAAACAACAACAAGCAGCCCACGCUCAACAGCAGCAACAACAAAAUGCUCAACAACAGCAAUUAUUUGCUGCUUUAGCUGCUGUUUCUGCUGCAAAUGGAGGAAGUAGUGGACAUGACCAAAUUAUGGCUGCACAACAAAUUGCUCAAAUUGCUUUGCAACAACAGCAGCAACAACAACAACAACAGCCUUCAUCAUCAACCAACAAUAAUAAUAAUUCUGCCUUUUUCCAACAGCAACAACAACAACAAUUUCAGCAACAAUUUUUACAAUUUAUGGCUAUGCAACAACAACAACAACAACAUCAGAAUGUUUCUCUUAUAAACAAUUCUACUUCCAAUAAUCAACAACAAUUAACUCCAGACCAACAACAUUUAUUUCAACAACAAUUAGAAUUGUUAAGAAGGCAACAACAACACAACCAAAAUGUUUCUUCUUCCAAUCCACAAACAUUGCAACAAAGAACCCCUAUACAAGAACAAUCACAAUCUUCUUCUGAACAACGCCGAUGAUUUUUCUUUAAAUUUUUUUUUCGAUUUUUGCUUCACUUUUUUUUAUUUCUCUCAAAAAAUGGGUCUUACAUGAGUUAAUCUAUUUAAAUAUCAAAAAAUUAUU